AUGAUUGGAAGAUUAGGAAAAUCUUCGUACGGUACGCUGCUUCAGUGCUCUCGAAGUAGUGUCCCAGCUCUUACCACGAAACCAAUGACCUUAAGCCACCGUCACAUUCACAUGUCACCCUCACCAUCGCUCAAAUCAUCAUCGACCACACCGCCCAUUCCCCUCGUUGGUCUUGGAGUAUUUAUCAUCCAUCCUACUCACCCGCUUUCCACGCGCGAGAAUCCUAUGUAUCUCCUCGGCGAACGCAUUAAUUCGACUGCAGCCAACACGUGGGGUCUUCCAGGCGGACACUUAGAAUUCGGCGAAACUUUUGAAGAAGGUGCAUCCAGAGAGGUUUUGGAAGAAACCGGGUUAUGUAUUCCACCCAAAGAACUGAAGUUUUUUCGCUGUAGAAACCUGAUAAUGAAGGAGGAAAAAAGACAUUUCGUGUCAGUUUUUAUGGUAGGAGUUUGGGAUGGGAAGGGGGAAGGACCAAAAGUGAUGGAGAAGGAAAAGUGUAGAGGGUGGGAGUGGGUGAGUUGGGAAGAAACGAAAGAGUGGGUUGAGCUGAAGAAUGCUGGAAGGAAGCUAUUUCCAGGGAUGGGGAGCUUGAUUAAAGAACUGAACGGCUACGACGACCUCUCAGAGGCUGAUUCGAUUCGACUUUUACUCCUCCACCCAGGCACACUAGGAUCCCCAAUUCAAAGUGAUCUCAUUCACACAUCAUUAAGUGAAUGUCGCUGCGACAUCCAUGGGAAUUGCACAGCUCUUUCCUAUGUUUGGGGCGAUGCAAAUGAUACAAUCCACAUUUUUGUUAAUGGAUUUCGAUUUGUUGUUACCGCGAAUCUCGCCGCAGCUUUACAUGAUUUGUGCGAUGAGAAGCGACAGCUACGGCUAUGGGCCGAUGCUGUUUGUAUCAACCAGAAGAACAAUGUUGAAUGCAGUCAGCAAGUUGGCUUGACGAAGGAAAUAUAUAGCUAUGCUCAGAACACAGUGGUUUAUUUAGGAGCUUUGGUAGAACGGACGAAGUGUUUAUUUGAGCUCAUGCACUAA